UCGUUAGGAGGAAGGGGGCUUUUGCUGGGGAAAGUAACAGUGGGGUGGGGUUGAGGCUGCUCCAAACUAACUUUCCUGGCAAAAGGCAGCUCGGCUCUUGCAGUAUCUGAAAAGUUUCCCUCCCUUUUUUGCCUUCACGCCGUUUGGCAAACGUGCAAUUUUUUUUGUUGCUGCAUGGCUGUUUGAGGGCAGCCGCCGACAGGCAGCAGGACUGGGAGCUAUUUUUAAAGCUGAGGACAUCAUGCCGAGAGAGCAGGAGUUCAGAGCGUGGCGUUUUUUUAAUGUCAGUUCAGGCAAUCAGCAGCCCGCGCUGGAGCUCUGCUAGUUUUAAGCAGACGGUGGGAGAAAAACUGACAUGAGCUUGCUGUCGUGGUCAUGUGUUUUUCCCCCCACCAGUCUCUCUCUCUCUCCCUCCUAGCCUUCUCCACUCCCCCUCUCUCUAUCUCUCUCCCUCUCUCUCUCUCUGUACGAGCUGCUCUCCUUCCACGUUAUCCAAGAGCUUUUGUUGCUUUUCCCUUCUCCUUAAUUAUAUGCAUGUAGGUUAAAUGAAUACCUGACGAAAAGGCCCCCCGUUUCACGGCGCUGAAAUGCGAUAGCGGAGAGGAAAAGUGGCCGUAUUGAAAGCCAACCUUUGGAAUUCCUCCCAUUCUGCUGGUUCCCCCCUUUUCUCCCUUGUUUUAGCGUGGCAGAGAUGAUCAGUAGCACCGGUGUGUAUGGCUUAAAGAUGCAGUGGACCCCAGAGCAUGCGCAGUGGGCAGAGCAGCACUUCGACAUCUCCUCCACGACCCGCUCCCCGGCCCACAAGGCUGAGGCAUACCGCGGGCACCUGCAGAGGACCUACCAGUACGCCUGGGCAAACGAUGACAUCUCGGCUCUCACCGCCUCUAACCUCCUGAAGAAGUAUGCUGAGAAGUACUCUGGCAUCCUGGAGGGUCCCGGCGAGAGGGCGCUGCUGUGCUCAUACCCAGAAGGUGCCGCAGGACUCUUGAACGGGCGCAAAUCAGAAAGCGAGGCCUGGCAAGAGGGGAUCUACCCAAUGAACUGCACUGCAGAUGUGAUAUCUGCGAGCAAAGCUGUUGUUCCAGCUGCUUUGCCCCCGGGAGAUUCGACGGCCAGUGUCUGCAGCGCCGCAGGGGUUCCGAGCAGCCUGAGCGAACCCAGCUACUCAAGCAGUGGCUGCGGGAGCCACACGCCUGCUGCCCUGCACUCGGGAAUCCCCUCUCAGGAAUUUGCUGGUGGCUACAAUGGCACGUACCUGCAUUCCACUUACAGCGGUGGGCAAAGCACCCCAUCCCUGGCCUCCCCACACCCCUCCCCUUUGCACAGUGGUGGGCUCCUCCAGCCUCCUCCUCCGCCUCCUCCUCCUCCCCCUCCUCCAACGCUGGUGCCCAGCUACAACGCAGGCUCACCCAACCUCUCCAGCUACAACUACCCUCCUGCAGGCUAUCCCCCCCAGGCUGCUGUUGCUCCCGGCUACAGCCCCGGGGGAGCCCCACCUCCCUCAGCCUACUUGCCCUCAGGCAUUGCGGCGCCUACCCCACUGCCCCCCUCUACUCUCCCUGGCUAUUCCUACCAGUCACAUAGCCAUGCGCCGAUUGCACCUACACCUCUGAACGGUAGCUCGGCCAACUCACUGAAAAGGAAAGCUUUUUACAUGACAGGACAAGGAGACAUGGACUCCAGUUAUGGAAAUUUCAGCUACAGUCAACAGCGCUCGACUCAAAGCCCCAUGUACAGGAUGCCAGAUAACAGCAUUGCUGAUUCAAGCAGAGGGAAUGGGUUUGACAGAAGUGCUGACACGUCAUCUCUGCCAUUUAAGCCCACAAAACAGCCAAUGUCCUCAGACCAGCAGCGUAAAUUUGGCAGCCAGUCUGGCAGAGCCAUCACCCCUCCAUCCUAUGGGUCAUCCAAAGGAUCUGUGGGCUCGGUGCGAUCAGGAGAGUCAUUUGGGAAGUUUGGCUCCCCAGUCAUGAGCGAGCAUGGUGAGGAGCACAGGCAGCACUUGUCCCAUUCCAUCGGCACAGUGACUUCAAGUGGCCACCCGGCUGAGGAGCAGUUAAAGAACAGUGAUGCCGGCCUGGUGGAAAUGGUCACCACAGAGAUUCUGCAGCAAACGCCUCCUGUUGACUGGAACGACAUCGCAGGGCUGGAGCUGGCCAAGGCCACUGUCAAAGAGGAGGUCCUGUGGCCCAUUCUGAGACCUGACAUGUUUAGCGGCCUGGCGCCAUUGCCGCGCAGCAUCCUCUUCUUCGGACCUCAGGGCACAGGGCGGACACUGCUGGCCCGUUGCGUGGCCAGUCAGCUGGGCGCUGCAUUCCUCCAGCUCAGCAGCUCAGCACUGGUCACCAAGUGGCUGGGAGAGGGUGACAAGGUGGUGCAGGCUUCGUUUCUUGUGGCUCGCUGCCGGCAGCCUUCAGUAGUCUUUGUUAGCGACGUAGAUCUGCUGCUGUCGGCCCAGCUGAGCGAGGAGAGCCCGGUGAACCGGAUCAAGAGCGAGUUGCUCCUGCAGCUGGAUGGGGUGCUCAGCUCACCAGAAGACCACGUCCUGGUCAUCUGUUCCACUAGCAAGCCAGAGGAGAUCGACGAGGCUCUGCGGAGGUACUUUGUAAAGAGGUUGCUCAUCCCACUCCCAGACACUACGGCACGGCACCAGCUCAUCAGCCAGGUGCUCUCCCAGCACAACUACUGCCUCAGCGACAAAGAGGUUGCGCUGCUCGUCCAGAGGACCGAAGGAUUCUCGGGGCUGGACGUAGUCCGGCUCUGCCAGGAGGCUAUUGUGGGACCUUUGCAUGGCAUGUCCAGCGCGGACCUUUCCGGGAUCAUGCCGGGUCAAAUGAGGCCACUGUCGUACCAAGACUUUGAGAAUGUCUUUUGCAAAAUCCAGCCCAGCAUAUCACAGAAAGAACUGGACACAUACACUGAGUGGAAUAAAAUGUUUGGCUGUAGUCAGUAAGAGGGGAGGUUAAGGGGAACCAUAUGGGGGCAAACUCUCCUGCUCUAAGGAGAGGAUACAAUUCAGAAUUCUUUGGGUGAAACAUGCAGUUUUGAAGGGUGGGUGUUACAAAUGCUAGUGACCCUUAAAGAACAGCAGUAAGGACACUCAGAUAGACCUGAAUGAUGCAUAGCUAUGCUUAAGUCCAUGUCUGGCCCUUUGCACAUAGUCCAACAGAGAAACCUGCUCUUUGGCUCAACUCUGCUGAAGCCGAGUGUCACUUAAUGAGGCGCACUGUCCUGAGAUGACUGCGAAGAUGAACUCGUUGUGUGUAAAUACCAUUCUGCUGUUUUUGAGAUUCUGUUGCUAUCAAGUGCCUAAAGUGGUGCUUUAUUAUUUUGUAUUUUGGUUGGUUUGCCUCACAAUCUACAUUGGUGGCAUGUGCUAAUAUAGAAAGCUUUAACCUGAGACUAAAACAGACAUGUUCUGCUUUUUUGUCAAUUCUGUCAAAAAAAAGAACAAAAAAAAACAACAACAGUAUUCCUCAACUGAGUCUGGUCUGCAGGCCCCAAGUGGGAAAAAAAGAAGGUUCUUGUGGCAUUUGUAAUCUGGACCCUAAUUUAUAAACUUCAUUUGCUUUUGAUUUUCUUCAAAAACUCAGGAAAGUGAUUGUGAUUUGUACAGUACCUCAAAAGAUUGUGUCAAAGCACUACAUAUAGCAGUUAACAUUGGGUUUGGUUUUGAAUUAGGUAAAAAGGUUCACCUCAAUUGAUUAAAAAAUGACAAGGAUAUGACUAUGAAUGUAACCAGAGCAUUUCUGGGUUGUUUGGGAGAAAAAAAGUUGAGGAGUAUUUCUUUUAUGUUUUCUUUUCUUUUCUUUACAUUGUCAAAUCUUGGAAGAAAAUGAUUCCAUUUUGAGUACUGCUUGAAACAGAGGGUUAAAGAAUGAAGAAUUCUGAAUUGUGUGCCAGUUUUGACUAUAGCACCCUGUCCUCAUGCAUAGCACAGUACUGACUCUAUAGCGCAAGCUCACAUGUAAGUGACGGGCACAGCUUAUUGUGCUGAUAAGGUUCAUUCGAAGCCUUAGCCACAAAAGAGAAGAUGCAGCGGACCACGAUAUUUGUGUUUUGUAAAACUCUGUGUAUUUGUCUCUUGUCAACGGACAGAAAAGACAGACACGCUGGGGUGAACCAAAACUUUUUUCCAAAAAAGACCACCAGAUAUAAUCUUUAGAGGUUGUUUAUGUUCUUCUAUUGUUUUUGACUUUGUUCUGCUGCUGUGUGUCAUCCGUGUAACAAUCCUGAAGGAUCAUGUGUACCCUGCGUUCUUUUUCUACCUCAGUUUAGCACUGUUUCCUCUGAAAGCAGAAUUAAACAGGCUAGCUUGACGUCCUAACCUUUUUUAGGCUUGCUCAGCUAGAAAGCCUGCUCAUACAACUAGCUGCUUUUUUCCCCAAUCAAAAGAAUCAACAAAUGCUACUCUGACACUAUCUGUGCAAUUCUUCUGCUCACAAUACAUGGUGCGCACUACCCCCCUUCAUACACAUGCUUCAUGGGUUUUGUGUAGCACUCAGAGGGCACCAUUCUCUGGACUCCUCUUUUGGUGUCCCUGCUUCUAUUGUUGGCAGCUCUUUUCUUCACUAACAGUCAACAGCUAGUCACAUGCUUGGGCAGUAGCACCAGAGGUUAAGGAAGCCUGCACCUAUGUUUACUGCACACGAGGAAAGUAACAGAAAGCCUUGUGUUGAAUGUAUGUUUUUGUUUGUUUGUUUAUGUUUACUCUCACCCUUUUUUUUUUUCUUGGAGCAUUUCUGAGCAUGCCGUUUUGUGAAGCACUAGCCGGGUGGUGCAGAGCUGCCAGCGUAUGCCGCUGAAGGAGAAUCCUGCAGGCAUUCUGAGGGAAGCUGCCUUGUUUCUGUUUCUCCCAGGCCUUUACUGCUCCCGUCUACAACAUAAUGCGUCGGGAUUGCUGAUGUAGAGCUCGGACGCGUUUCUCUUCGGCACUGCAAUUUUCCCCCGUUGAUGGUGCUUAUUUAGCCGCUGAAGCCAUCAGUCCCUCCACUACAUGCAUAUCUGACUUCCGCCAGCACAUAUCCCUUCAUUCUACGACAGACGUGCGGUUAGUCUUUUAUUAGCUGUAAAAUGCCACUUGUUUUACCAUUUUGCAUUCAUUGCAUGAUGUGAGAUGCCACCCAUGUUUGGUGUCUAUCCAGUAGAUCACCUUGGGAUUUGGUCUGGCCUGUAAUUACGUAUUCCGUCUUGAAAAAAAGGAAGUAAAUGUUAUUGUGCAAUUUGUCAAAUGCACUUUUCAAAUUUGUGUUAAAGUCAAGUAUGUUAUCUUGGCACCAAAGCAAAUGCAGCCAUUUUAUGUAAAGAUCCAAAAUGAAAGCUCUGCUCGACUGGCUUAUAAAAACAUAUGGCAAAUGACAGCAGUUUAGCCUGUGCUUAUUCAGCAGCAUAGACUUUAAUUUUUGUUUUUUUUUUUCUUUCAGAAUAAAAAAGUUCUGUGUGUACUUAAGCCAAAUAGCACUGAUCCACAGAGCCGCUCUGACAUAUCGUGGACAGCAUCUCUCUGUGUCAUUAUCUGAAACAGGCUUGCAGAAUACCACUGUGCUGUGUGAACAUACCACCAGCAUUCCCUUACAUAUACCCCCCUCUGAAAGAUCUCUGGACAGGCCAUUCUUGACUUGGAAGUAAUUGAGACUGCAAAAGCGUUCAGUUUAAAUCUGCAUUAAAUGGAGAAAGCAACAGACUCUGAAGUACAAGUUUUAAAGCACACAAAACAACCCCAAAUCACUUGAAUAUUGCUUUGUGUAUUAUUAUUAUUGUUUUUUCCUCUCCCUUCCUAUAUAUGUUCUGUGUCCUGCGUUCUUCGGCACUCUUCCAGAUGUUGCUGGUGUAUCAGUUUUUUAUUCAAACAUUGUUCUCUAAAACCAUUUCUACCUCAUUGCUACAUACAUACAUGUAGUACCUAUGUUCUUGUCUUUUUUGAAUGUCAUGCAUUUGUAUAAAAGGAAAAAAAAGCAGAAAAACAUAAAAGUGGAAGGAAAAAAAAAAAGAAAACGCUUGUCCUUGACUUGAGCAGUCUACCUCAGAAAGACUGUCCCUACACUGAGCAGUUUAGUAGCUGCACAAAUGAGACGCACCACAGAGUGUUGAGGCAAAAAUAUUGCACACUUACUUAAGAUACAGACAUAACUUUGAAACUCUUUGAAAUCUACUUACAAAACCACAAUGGGUAAGGAUAUUGUGGGCUGUAUAGGUCUUCUUCAAGGUCUCUAAAUGCAGAUUCAGUUUUUGGAUUAUAAUAAAUCGCUUUACUCCUUUGUGAAUUGUAGUGUGCAUGUGAACGUGUGUGCACUUAUUAUUAAGUGUGUAAGUGUGCAUUUUUAUAUAUGAAAAUUCUAUAUGAAAUGUACCUACAUUUCAUAUACUGUAUUUGUACAUGAGAUACACUUGCACAUAUGUGUACUUAAUGUACAUUUGCUAUUGAUAUAACAUUUUGAAACGCACCACAUACAUGUUUAUAUGUGUGUGUAUGUACAAUAUUGCCAUAACUACAGUCGACGUAAAUGUAUUUUCAUGUAUUCAUAGGGACAAAGGACAAUAAAAGAUCAUUAAAAUGUUUUUGAAACGGCAGUGUGUGCUUUUUUUCCUGCUAUGUUCCAGAUACAUCAAAACAAAUUUAAUGAGUGGAAUUGUGCGUCAUUAAUUACAACGUUAAGCCUACGUAUUCACUAUUCAUUUAGUGUGUUGAUGAGCUUUUUAACUUUAACGCAAGGCUGAGACUAGAGAGAUGCGAUUCUUGAGAAAGACCUAUACGCUGCACAAUAAACAUUUAUAGCAUCGCUUCUUUACUGAACCUCUCUCAAAACUAAUUAACUUAAUUUCUCUUUGAAAACAUAUUUACUGAUGAGAGAUCUCUAUAUUGAGAAAUUGAUUAAGGAGUAAAACUCUGGAAUUGGAAUACUGACAUACUGUCAUGCAUGUUUCAUUUCCUAGGCUUUUACAUGCUUCCAUUUGAAGAUCAGCUCUGAUUUUCCCAUUGCAAAUGUGUACUGAUAUAUAUUUAGAUCUGUCUGUGCUUACAUGCAGCCCAACAAUAUGAGUGCUACACAUAAUAUCCAUGAAAUGAUGCCUAAACUGAUUCUACUUGUUACACAGACAUUUACAAGUCACUUAAAUCACUAAAACCACACAAAAUCAAAUUAGACAUUAGAAGCAUUAAAUGUUUACUGGAUAUACAAAAAUACACUUGUGCAGAUUGAGUGGAUUAUGCUGUCACGUAUAGAAAACGCACUCUGCCCUCCGUUAGCCAUCACGAGGAACCGCAGUGCAACCUGCACACAUCUACUAAACUGCUGUUUAAGAGGAGUUUUGUAUUUAGCAUUUGUAAUGUAAUAAUGGGGCGGUUUUAGCCCUGCGGUCAGAGAACAUGGCCAUGAACUAUAAGGUCAUGGAUUUGAGCCCAACUGAUAACAUUCCACUACUGCCGCUGUGCCCUUGAGCUAGGCACUUAACCCUUAGUUGUUUAAAGGGGGGGUCGCCUCUGAUUGGCAUAUGUAAGCAUCAAUUAUCCAGUAUCAGUAUAGCAUCUCAGUAUAUAAAUGGUUUCAAAUCACGUGGAAUAAAAUUUCGUCACAGUACCGUUUUUUCAAGCACCGUUCCUUCUCCUAUUACUACACUAAAAGUCUUGGGCAUCUGAGAAACUGUAGAGAUUUGUCUGUGCAAGAAGCAUUCAUUUGUUCAAAAACACAAACAUUAAAAUUAAUAC